AUGACCUCUGCGACUACAGGAGCUCCCGAGCGCUCCUCUAGCAACGAUACUCCUUUGACGGAGCAUUCAAGUUCGGCUUCAACCGAUCCCAACUUGAAACUUCACAUCCUCGUUGCGGAGGACGAUCCAAUCAAUAGCCAGGUAGUCGAGAAACGACUGGAAAAGCUUGGUCAGGCCGUGAAAUUGACCAGCAACGGCGAAGCAUGCUUCCAUGCUAUUGCAUCGCACGAGCAGCUCAUCAAUAUCAUUCUGAUGGACAUCCAGGUAUCUUUCGACUCCGAUAAAUUAUAUAUCAAUGACUAA